AUGGGACGUCGCGGAAUCGCGAAGGGCGGAAGCAAGGGGGCCGGCAAGGCCGGCGAGCAACCCAAAGAGUCGCAGUACGUCAAGCGUGUGGACUUGUACAAGUUCUUGGGCAAGUGGAUGUUGCGUUCCUAUCCGGACGAAAGGGGAAGGCCUCUCAUGCUGGGCGCGAAAAAGUCCACUGCACAAGCGGCGCUGGAACCCGAAGCCUUGAGGGCCAUUCUGGAUGCCGACUGCUGCGAGCUACUCCGACGCCCCACCAUGGGGCUCAACCUCGCGGCCGCUUCCAUAGACUGUGCGGCUUUGCUCGGGCCGGUGCUGCAGGAGAAGAUGGACAGUCUGUUGCCGAAGGUGACCUCGGCGACCUUCCUGGACAAGGUACAAUUCCUGAACCUGGCCCGCAACGUGGACCGGAAUCCGGAGGAUGUUCCGGAGCAAUGCAAGAGUCUGCUGAAGAAGGUGAAGCACUUGGUGAGGGAUCACGGGGAAGAUCUGGCCGCAGCGGCCGAAGCAGCGGCGGGAGUCUUCCUGGGGCUCAUGAGCAUCCUGGAGGUGGCGGCGGUGUCCAAGGAUAUGCGCGCGUGGGCCAAGGGCGUGCCAGAGCGCAGGAAGCAGAGCAAGCACCUGCAAGCUUGGCUCCAGGACCCCGACGACGAGGACAAGUUCUUGGCAGCCGUCGCCAAGGCCGUGAAGGAAGACAACAAGAACACCACGCGGGCUCGGCGCUUCGGCGAGUUCGAGAUGCAGGCAGAGGACACGUCGUCCUCCCUCACGUUGCUCAGCAGUCAGGAUGACAGCCCCUCGUCGUCGGUGCUUCGCGCGAGCAAGAAGAAGCGCGGCAAAGGCAAGAAGCAGACCAAGGCAAAGACAUCGAAGAAGGCGAAGAAGAGCAAGCAGCGCAAAGAGGCAUCUUCCUCGCAGGACGCCGCUUCGCAGCCCAGCUCUCGCGAGACCGAGCCCGCGCCGAAGAAGCGCAGGCCCAGUGCGCGCGCCAGUGGCUCCAAAGUCAAAAAGGCCAGGGUGGGCAUAUCGGUGGAGUCCGAGUCGGCAGACAGCGAGCAGCUGCAGGGACAACUCGCGGGCAAGGACCUAUGCAAGACGUGGUCGCUGUCGGAGUUGCAGGCCUUCGAAGAGAUGGCAGCGCAGCAGGUCACCGCGGCGGACAACGCCGUGCUGGAGGCGGAGCAACGCCUGGCCGUGAGCAAAGCCCUCCCCGCGGAGCUUCGCCGAAUGGUUUGGGAGCGUGCCGGACUGUUGCCGAGCACAGAAAACGAGGAGGUGCUCAAGGCGAACGCGGAGCGCCUCGUGAAGCAUACGUUCCAGAUGGUCAAGGAGGUGCGCCUGGCGUGGGUACAAGCCGCGGUCCAGCUUUGGCAGCCGGAAGUGAUGUACGCCAUGCACGGGUUUGCGUUGGUCAUCGUCGACGAGUUUUCGCAACUAUCACAAGAGCAGUUUGAACGGAUUCUGCACAUGUGGGGCGCGGCAGACAACUUCCCCGCCUUGAUUUUUGCCGGCGACAAGUACCAACUCCCAGGCAUCGAACCAACGCGCCCAUGGGACAGUCCCGCAUGGAAGCCCGACACGCUCUACUUCUUGGAGCUGACGGAGGUGUGGCGCACAACCGACAAGAGCUUCUUGGAAAUGUUGGAUCUGCUCCGCACCUGCAUGCCAACAUCCCGAGAGCUGCAGAAGAUCUGUCGAGGCCACAAAGCAUGGGUCGGGCAAGACCCGAGCGUCGCAGAUGUCAAGCGACUUCUGCGGGACCACCCGCGUGCAGUCUGGGUGGCGGCCACGAAACGAGGGGUGGCGCAGAUCAACCAGCUUGCUUUGGAGGCCCUGCACCCGCGCGCAGAGCCAGUAGUGACGUUACCAGGUGCCUUCGAAGACAACCCGGACAACUACAAGAAGGACGGCACGCUCGUGGACGACCAGCAUCUGGUCACAACCGAUGUUCCCAUCCACCAGGGACUGAAGCUUUAUCUCACCAGGAACGUGCGCAAGGCCGACGAUUACGUCAAUGGCAUGCAAUGCAAAGUAUUAUCCUUCGACAUGGAGCGCAAGAUCUUAUGGGUACGAACAGAGACGGGCAAACGGUUGCCCAUCACCCCAUGGCACGAUCCAGAUCACUCGAAGCUCGUGUACUACCCGAUCAGACUUGGGUUCUGCACCACGGUACAUAAAGUCCAGGGAGACGAAUUCGAUUUCAUCAUUGUGUACUUGGACACCGCAGGCAUGCCCGCCGUCGGGUAUACAGCUCUCAGCCGCGUGCGCAACGCGCGCUCCUAUCUGCUGGGGGGCAUGCUGACGCGGGAGCAUUUCACUCCGGUAACGCUUCGCUGA